ACAGUGUACUAGCGCAGUGCGCUUUGUGAAGCGAAUUGUAUUGAAGCUUGUUUGCGUCUGAGCUUGUAUCCUAAGAAUUGAACGGCGCGAAAUUGUUUCGAUAAUUCUCGAUCUUUCGACAUUCAUAGAAUAACAAGUCCAAAGUCUUGAAAGAAUUAUUCUUUUCCCGAUUAAUCGAUGGUUCGAGGAAAACAAAGCUACAGAUAAAGGAAAAACAUCGAGAAGAAACAAAGUAGUUGUUGGUGAAAGUCAACGUUGUUUCUCUGUAACGGAAAUCACCUUUCGUUCGUUGCUCGUAUAAUGAACGCAGUAGCCAAUCAGGAUGAGAUUCAUAUGACAACACCUGAACUUAUUGAAGCUCAUGGUUACACAGCUGAAACACAUUGCAUUUGGACUGAAGAUGAUUAUUGCUUAGAUGUACAUAGAGUUUUACCUCCAAAAUCACGUGGAAACUCAUAUAAUGAAGAUGGUGAAAAUAGCGUGACCAGUUUAAACAAUGUAAAUGUAACAGAGGCUCGAGUACCAGUUCUUAUUCACCAUGGGUUGUUAUCAAGUUCAGCCGACUGGGUAUUAUUGGGUCCAAAGAAGGCAUUAGCAUACAUUCUAUGCGACAAUGGAUAUGAUGUAUGGCUUGGAAAUGCAAGGGGAAAUGCAUAUUGUAAAAAACAUAGAAAAUAUACAACCAAAGAUAAAGAAUUUUGGGAUUUCAGUUGGCAUGAAAUUGGUCUUUAUGACUUACCAGCAACAAUAGACCACAUUUUAGAGCAAACAGGAUACAAUGAACUUUAUUACAUAGGUUAUAGUCAAGGUACAACAGCAUUUUAUGUGAUGGCUAGUGAGAAACCUGAAUAUAAUCCCAAGAUCAUAGGAAUGGUUAGUCUUGCGCCAAUAGCAUUCCUUUCAAAUCAGAGGAGUCCUUUGCUCAAACUAGUUGUUCACUUUUAUGGCAUAAUGGAGUGGGGAUCUUCUUAUUGCAAUGUACAUCAGUGGUUCCCCCACAAUAGGUUACAGGCCCGUACCCUAACUGCAAUCAUUCGAAAUGCACCAGGUAGCCUUACCAAGGGUUUCUGUGUGUGUUGGUUUUACAUGAUCGCUGGAUUUGGUAGUGAUCAACUGGACAAGUCUAUGCUGCCAAUAAUUUUAGGACAUUUCCCAGCUGGUGCUUCUGCUAAGCAAAUUAUUCAUUACAGUCAGAGCAUUUUAUCAGGAUCAUUCCGCAAGUUCGAUUAUGGAGCGACUGAGAACCUGAAAAUUUAUGGAUCAACACAGCCGCCGAAAUAUGACCUCGAAAGAGUGAAAAUACCUGUAGUAAUAUUUUAUAGUGAAAAUGAUUUUUUAACCGAUCCCGCUGAUAUAAAAAAACUCGUUGACAGAUUACCAAAUGUACUAGAGACGCGAAAGAUUGAGUAUUCGAAAUUCAAUCACAUAGAUUAUUUGUGGGGCAGAGAUGCUAAAACAUAUCUCUACAAUACUGUAUUAAAAGUAUUAAAACGGUUCAGAUAAGAGAAGUAUUUAACGACGUUGGUUAUUUAUGAGUAUACGGGUAUACAAAUACAUAUGGAUAUUUUGUCACAUUUGUUACAUCACAGAAACUCCGAUAUAUUUGUAGAAAUUAAAUGUCGAAUGAGUUUAUA